AUGAAGUCUUCUUUCGUUUUGGGGGCAUUGAGCCUACUCGCGGCUAGUACCGGUGUCUCUGCGACCAUGACCGUGCCUAACAGCCUAUUCCUCAAGUCAAUCGCCGAAUCGGUCUCUCUGCCAAUGUUCACUUGGUCGGCCAAUGGAACCCACACUGCCAAGGGAUACACCUCCAAGGCAGGCGAUAAAACCAGUGUUGAGGGUAUGAAGGAAGACUGCGACAACAUCAACCUCAACAAGAAGAUUUCUGUAGACUUCCGCAGCGAUGUCUUUGGUCCCGGUUUGAUCGGAUAUUUCUACAAGUGCGAGAAGAUCCGUGAUGACACCAACCUCUAUUGGUUCACCAUCAGCUCCGGCAAUCCCUCCCAGAUCGACAAGAUGUGUGAUCCCAACACGAACUACCCAAUCGUGUUUGACUCACAGCACAAUACCUGGUGGAUUGAUGAGCCGUUUGACUGCACUCAGCGUACGUCUCCGGUGGCGCAUUCUCAAUAA